UCGUGAUACAUCAGAAAAAACAACAACAAAGAAGACAGACCAGAAGUGCCUCCUGUCUCAAUCCAGAGCACCUUGAACUAAGAAACUUUCCUUUAUUUUAUUGUUAUAUAUUCUUAUUUUGUUUCGUCUUCCACCUUUUGAGAAUGUUUGCGUGUUGGCUGUGUCGUGUAAGGGCACCAAAGUGUGUCGGCUCGUUCGCGAACACCAGACACUUAACGGACACCUGUAGUGACAAGGGGCCAAUCCGCAUCGGCUGCGCCUCGGGGUUCUGGGGGGACACGGCCACCUCAGUACCUCAGCUGAUCCAUGGCGGUAAACUGGACUUUUUGGUGUUUGAUUACCUGAGUGAGAUCACUAUGUCGCUCCUAACAGCAGCCAAGGCAAAGGCACCUAAUCUGGGUUACGCUCCGGACUUUGUCCAUGCUGCCUUGGCGCCGUCCAUCCACGAAAUCCACAGAAAAGGUGUGCGUGUGGUCAGUAACGCGGGUGGGGUGAACCCAUUAGCCUGCGCCGCGGCCAUACAGGACGUGGUCAAGAAGGCCGGCCUGGACCUCAAGGUUGCAGUGGUGACGGGUGAUGACCUCAUGGCCCACAGAAGCAGCCUCGCAGAGGUCAAGAUGGCCGACGACGGCAGCAGCCGCGCUUUGCCAAAAACGCUGCACAGCAUGAACGCCUACCUCGGGGCAAUGCCCAUCCGCCGCUGCCUGGACCUUGGCGCUGACAUCGUGGUGACGGGCCGUUGCGUGGACAGCGCCCUCGCUCUUGGCCCUCUCAUGCACGCCUUUGGAUGGGGAAAAAGCGACUUGGAUCUGCUGGCCGCCGGAAGUCUGGCAGGCCACCUGAUCGAGUGCGGCGCCCAGAGCACUGGCGGGAUCUUCACCGACUGGCAUCGCGUCCCUGACUGGGACAACAUCGGCUUCCCAGUGGUGGAAUGUUCCGCUGACGGCUCCUUCGUUCUCUCCAAACCGCCAAAGACGGGCGGGCUGGUGGCGUUUGGCACGGUGGCCGAACAGCUGGUGUACGAGAUUGGCGACCCGCGGCGAUACAUGUUGCCUGACGUCGUCUGCGACUUCAGCCGUGUGCUCAUACACGAAGUCCCCGGUAUCGAUGGCGGCGCCGUCAAAGUGAGCGGCGCUAAAGGCUUUCCUCCGUCACCUAACUACAAGGUGUGCGCCACGUACAUGGACGGCUUUCGUGCGACCGCCGUGUGUCCGCUCGGCGGGCCGAGAGCGGCGGAAAAAGCCCGCAAGACCGCAGAGAGCAUCGUCAAAAGGGCAAAGCGCAUAUUUAAGCAUUUGCGUCUGGAGGACUUCUCAGCCGUCAACAUCCAGGUUUUGGGAGCAGAGGACACGUACGGCCCCAACGGCUCCAACAAGGAGGCCAGGGAGGCGGUCCUCUGGUUGGCUGUCCACCACAAAGACAAGAAGGCACUGGAGCUCUUCUCCAGAGAGAUUGCCGCUGCCGGGACCGGCAUGGCUCCCGGACUGUGCGGCAUCGUGGGCGGGCGUCCCCGAGUGUCGCCGGUCCUGAAGCCGCUUUUCUUCUUCCACCCCAAGUCGCAACUCCAACUCGACAUCUACGUAGAUGGACAGUGGGUGGAGUCUCUCUCGGAGGCGGAGCCUGACACGCCGGAGCAGGAAACCCCUCUCGAUGGUGCGGAGGAAGCACCUGACGCAGCGCUUCCUAGCGGGCCGCACUGCUACCGGCUGGAGGACGUGGCCUACGCUAGAAGCGGCGACAAAGGAGACUCUGCCAACAUCGGAGUGAUCGCCCGCGACGCCCGCCUCUACCCCUACCUGAAGAAACACCUGACUGCCUCUGUGGUGGAGGAAUACCUGGCCCACCUCUUCCCGCCGGGCCUGCACGGCGCCGUGACACGGUACACUCUACCAGGGAUCAAUGGACUCAAUUUUGUCCUGAAGAAUUCACUCGGUGGGGGAGGGGUGGCGUCCCUGCGCAGUGACCCCCAGGGAAAAGCCUUGGCUCAGAUGUUGCUGGACUUGAAACUCCGUGGACUUCCUGACCUCACGACCAUGCUCGGUUAACACACACACAGACACACACAUGUGCACACAUGGUUUUAGCUGCAGAGGACUUGACUGUCAGCUUCGAUCACAUGACCUUCCCGGACUUCAUUGGAGUGGCGACCUCUCACCUCGCUCUGUGGAAUGUCACUUCUUCCUUAAUUGCAAACAGGCCUUCGGUCGUCAUCACGACCGCUGCCAGUUUGGCCCCUUCACUCUUUGGGAAAACCAUUGCGGAACAAUUGCGACAUAGCCAAGCUUUCAUUGAAAGUGCCGUCCUUCAUUGGCAGGAAUUAAAAGGUGUCGUCAAGUCCC